CUAGCAUGUUUGCUAAUGCGGCUAUACUUGCAGACGACGUUCAUUUAUUCGCAAAGGUAGCGCCUUUAAACGUUUUUAGACGAGAAAACAAAUAUUUCUACCUUUUCGACAUUUAGGUUUAUUUAACACAACCGGAUAGUAGAAAACUAGCUCGCUUAAGCGAUUUUAUUCACCUGAUGAAUACGUUUACGUACGCAACAGACAGCUAAGCUAGCUCCGAUUUAAUUAGCUUCCUGCUUGUUGUCCUUAUGUCCCAUUGAAUAAGAGCUGUUGAACAGAGAGAAUACAUCGCCCAGUCAUGCAAGCCUGCUAUUAGCAACAAGCUUGGGCGGCACCCUUAAGAAGAAAGAGCAAAGUGUGAGCUAGUCGCUGCUAACUUUGUUGGAAACGUAUGAACACGAAGGAAGAAGGAAAGAGAUGUUAGCUUGUCGGACUGACCCUACCCUACGUCUCAGGUGAACACUUCCCGGCCUUGUGUACCCAGCUGUUUACGGAGGAUGGGAAUACCCUCAUCACUAGCUGCUAGCCUCUUCUAAGUUUUGGAUGUUAUUACAAACCUCAUUAUAAUUCAACUGUUAUGUGACAUUUUUCUCAUUGAGAGAAGCUUUGCACAAUAAUCAUGGACGCGGAGGAAGUUCCCCAAGAAGAAAGUUACUGUUAAACCAUUUUUUGAUCUCAACUGUUUAUGAGCGUGUUUUUGUAAAUGACUCUUUUUCCUGGAUUCACUUCGACAUGGCUGCGUUCGCUGAGUUUGUUCCCCCUCCGGAGUGCCCGGUGUUUGAGCCGAGCUGGGAGGAAUUCUCAGAUCCUUUAGGAUUUAUCAACAAGAUCCGACCCAUUGCAGAGAAAACGGGCAUCUGCAAGAUCAGACCUCCCCAGGACUGGCAGCCUCCAUUUGCCUGUGAUGUUCGCAACUUCCGCUUUACCCCAAGAGUGCAGAGACUAAAUGAACUUGAGGCACUCACUCGAGUAAAACUUAACUUCCUGGAUCAGAUUGCAAAGUUUUGGGAGUUGCAAGGAUCCAAGAUUCGCUUCCCUCAUGUAGAGAGAAAGAUUUUGGAUCUCUAUCAGCUCAGCAAGACGGUGUCGUCUGAAGGCGGAUUUGAGACGGUGUGCAAAGAGAAGAGAUGGUCCAAAGUGGCUACUCGAAUGGGCUUCCCACCUGGAAAAGGCACCGGUUCUCUUUUGCGUUCACAUUAUGAGAGAUUCCUUUACCCCUAUGAACUCUUCCAGUCUGGAGCUACUCUUACUGGCAUCCAGCGGCUGUAUGAUGAGGGAGCAGAUGGGGAAGAAGUGGAUGAGGGUGUGGGGGAGGAAGCAAUGGAUGAAGAGGAGCAAGAGGAGGUGGAUGAAAAGGACAAGGAGAAAGACAAAGAGGGUGACGUGACGCAAACCAAAGAACGGCUUCCAUCAGAGAGGCGCUCCCGGCGACUGAAGUGUGAGAGGGAAAACAAGGAGCCUAAAGGCCUCAAAAUCUUCGGAACAAGCCCCAAGAUGGUCGGUUUGGAGAUUGUAUCCACUGAUGAUGGGUUCAUUAAGAAGCAGCGGCACCUCAAAGCCCAGGCCUUCGCCAUUAAAAUGAGACCACGCAAGGAGGCACUGGAGGUUAACUUUAUUGAUCUUUAUUUCUGCCUGGUGUGCGGACGAGGCGACGAGGAAGACCGACUGCUGCUUUGUGACGGCUGUGACGACAGCUACCACACCUUCUGCCUCAUUCCACCCCUGCAGGAUGUGCCCAAGGGAGACUGGAGGUGCCCCAAGUGUGUUGCUGAGGAGUGCAGUAAGCCCAGGGAGGCUUUUGGCUUUGAGCAGGCCGUGAGGGAGUACACUCUGCAGAGUUUUGGAGAAAUGGCUGACCACUUCAAAUCCGACUAUUUCAACAUGCCAGUUCAUAUGGUUCCGACAGAGCUGGUGGAGAAGGAGUUCUGGCGCCUGGUCAGCAGCAUCGAGGAGGAUGUUAUCGUAGAGUAUGGCGCUGACAUCAGCUCCAAGGAUGUGGGCAGUGGUUUUCCUAUAAAAGAUGGCAAGAGGAGGCUACUAGGAGAUGAAGAGGAGUAUGCAAAUUCAGGCUGGAACUUGAACAACAUGCCAGUAUUGGAGCAGUCGGUUCUCACGCACAUCAAUGUGGAUAUAUCAGGCAUGAAGGUGCCCUGGCUGUAUGUUGGUAUGUGUUUCUCUUCGUUCUGCUGGCACAUCGAGGACCACUGGAGUUACUCCAUCAAUUUCCUUCACUGGGGCGAACCCAAAACGUGGUAUGGGGUACCGGCCUCUGCAGCUGAGAAGCUAGAGGCUGUAAUGAAAAAACUGGCUCCAGAGCUCUUUGACUCUCAGCCAGACCUCCUGCAUCAGCUGGUCACCAUCAUGAAUCCGAACAUCCUCAUGGAUCAUGGCGUCCCAGUUUACAGGACCAAUCAGUGUGCAGGGGAGUUCGUGGUAACCUUCCCACGGGCCUACCACAGCGGCUUCAACCAGGGCUACAACUUUGCAGAAGCUGUUAACUUCUGCACUGCAGACUGGUUACCACUGGGUCGUCAGUGUGUUGCUCAUUACCGCCGUCUCCACCGUUACUGCGUCUUUUCCCACGAGGAGCUGUUGUGCAAAAUGGGGGCCGAUCCAGAGAACCUCGAUGUGGAGCUAGCUGCCGCCGUCUUCAAAGAAAUGGACGAGAUGAUAGAGGAGGAAACAAAACUGAGACAGGCUGUCCAGGAAAUGGGGGUGCUCUCAUCAGAGCAAGAGGUUUUUGAGCUUCUUCCAGACGAUGAGCGCCAGUGCUACAAGUGUAAGACUACCUGUUUCCUGUCUGCACUGACCUGUUCCUGCAGUCCAGAUAGGCUUGUUUGUCUCCACCACACAAAAGAUCUCUGCGAUUGUCCCCUCGGCAGCAAGUGUCUCCGGUAUCGCUAUGAUCUCGAGGAGUUUCCGUCCAUGCUGUAUGGCGUGAAGACACGGGCCCAGUCUUAUGAGACCUGGGCAAAGCGGGUCGCAGAGGCUUUAGCAGCAGACCAGAAAAACAAGAAAGAUCUAAUAGAGCUCAAGGUUUUGCUGGAGGACGCUGAGGACAGGAAGUAUCCUGAGAACGCUUUGUUUCGUCGCCUGAGGGAGAUGGUUAAAGAAGCAGAGACGUGUUCCUCUGUGGCCCAACUGCUGCUCAGCCGCAAGCAAAGGCACAGCAGCCGCCUUCGUUCUGAGAGCAGCCGCAAUCGCACCAAGCUGACCGUGGACGAGCUCAAAGCUUUCGUGGAGCAGCUCUACAGGCUGCCCUGCAUCAUCAGCCAGGCGCGACAAGUCAAAGAGUUACUGGAAACUGUGGAGGACUUCCACGAGCGAGCCCAGGUCGCUCUGUCGGACGAGAUGCCGGACUCCUCCAAGCUGCAGGAGCUAUUGGACCUGGGCAGCGGCCUUGAUGUGGAGCUUCCUGAACUGCCCAAGCUCAAGCAGGAGUUGCAGCAGGCACGCUGGCUUGAUGAGGUUCGUGGCACCCUUGCUGAACCCCACCGUGUCACUCUGGAGCUAAUGAAGAGGCUGAUAGACUCUGGAGUAGGUUUGGCGCCACACCAUGCUGUGGAGAAGGCAAUGGCAGAGCUACAAGAAGUCCUCACCGUCUCGGAGAGAUGGGAGGAUAAGGCGCGGUCCUGCCUACAGGCGAGGCCUCGCCACAGCAUGGCGACCCUGGAGAGCAUUGUGCUGGAGGCAAGGAACAUCCCAGCAUAUCUCCCUAAUGUUUUGGCUCUGGAAGAGGCCCUACAGAAGGCCAAGGACUGGACCUCUAAGAUGGAGGCUAUUCAGAGCGGAAGUAGCUUUGCAUACCUGGAGCAGCUGGAGAGCCUGCUGGCCAGAGGUCGCUCUAUCCCCGUGCGGCUCGACCCACUCGGACAAGUGGAGUCUCAGGUGGCUUCGGCGCGAGCCUGGAGGGAGCGGACGGCCCGCACCUUCCUCAAGAAGAACUCCACUUACACUCUGCUCCAGGUUCUCAGUCCUCGUGUAGACAUCGGAGUGUACAGCAACAGCAAGAGCAAGCGGAAGCGUGUCAAGGAGCUCAUGGAGAAGGAGCGAAGCGGCUACGAUCCCGACGCCCUUAGUGACCUGGAGGAAAGUCUCGAGGAGGUACGAGAUCCUUCGGCUGUGGUGGCCGCUUUCAAAGCCAAGGAGCAGAAGGAAGUGGAGGCAAUCCACUCACUCCGCGCCGCCAACUUAGCCAAGAUGGCCAUGGCGGAUCACAUUGAGGAAGUCAAGUUCUGCCUAUGCCGAAAGACUGCCAGCGGCUUCAUGUUGCAGUGCGAGCUGUGCAAGGACUGGUUCCAUGGAGCGUGCGUCCCUCUGCCUAAGACAGGAACGCAGAAGAAAGUGGGCAUCGGCUGGCAGAGCAACAGCAAAGACUCUAAAUUCCUGUGUCCGCUGUGCCAGAGAUCGAGGAGGCCAAGACUAGAGACCAUUCUGUCCCUGUUGGUUUCUCUGCAGAAGCUGCCGGUGCGUCUGCCAGAAGGAGAGGCUCUGCAGUGUUUAACAGAGAGGGCAAUGAGCUGGCAGGAUCGAGCACGUCAAGCUUUGGCUACCUCGGAGUUGUCCUCAGCUCUGGCAAAGCUUUCCGUUCUGAGCCAGCGUAUGGUGGAGCAGGCGGCGAGGGAGAAAACGGAGAAGAUCAUCAAUGCUGAGCUGCUAAAAGCUGCUGCCAAUCCCGACUUGCAGGGUCACAUCCAGACCUUUCAGCAGUCCGGGUUCAGCAGAGUGGCUUCACCACGCCCCUCUGUGGACUACGAUGACGAGGAAACUGAUUCAGAUGAAGACAUCCGGGAGACUUAUGGCUACGACAUGAAGGACCCAGGUGAGGUGAAGCCCUACCUGUUUUGUGAUGAGGAGAUUCCUGUGAAGUCAGAGGAGGUGGUCAGUCACAUGUGGCCUGCUGCUACUCCUUCGUUCUGCGCUGAACACGCCUACUCGUCAGCCUCCAAGUCCUAUGUGCAAAACCCCAGCACACCCAGAAAGCAACCGAGGAAGACCCCCCUGGUACCCCGGAGCCUGGAGCCCCCAGUGCUCGAACUGUCCCUGCAGGCUAAGGCCCAGCUGGAGGAUCUGAUGAUGCUGGGAGACCUGCUGGAAGUGUCCCUGGAUGAGACCCAGCACAUCUGGAGGAUCCUGCAGGCCACGCACCCUCCCUCUGAGGAGAGAUUCUUGCAAGUCAUGGAGCCCGACAACUCUGUGUUGGAGAAGCCGCUCAAGAUCAAAUUUAAAGAUUCUGAAAAGAAACGGAGGCGAAAGCUGGAGAGAGCCGAGCAACACCACAUGCUGAUGGCCGCCGCUGGUGGUGGCGCCUCAGCCGUGGGAGACAUGAGACUACAGAAGUCGAGAGAGCUAAAACGGGCCGGCCUGGAGCUCGGCCUCGGCGGCAAGCCCAAGAAGAAGAAGCUGAAGCUCAACCUAGAAAAGAACCGCGAGAUGAAGCAGCUGGCCAAGCGGUUAGCCAAGGAGGAGAAGGAGAGGAAGAGGAAGGAGAAGGCUGCUGCAAAAGCAGAGGCUAUCAAGGAAGGUCUGGAGAAGAGGAAGGAGAAAAAGAUCCUGGACAUCCCCUCUAAAUACGACUGGUCAGGUGCAGAGGACUCCAAUGAUGAGAAUGCAGUGUGUGCAGCGAAGAACUGCCAGAGGCCGUGUAAAGACAAGGUGGACUGGGUGCAGUGUGACGGCGGCUGCGACGAGUGGUUCCACCAAGUCUGCGUGGGCGUGACGUGCGAAAUGGCGGAAAACGAGGACUACGUUUGUGUGGACUGCUCCCAGAAGGUGGCUGGCGUGGUAGAAGGAACGACCAUGGAAGAAGUGACGGGGGAGAACAUCGUGGUCUUGGCUCCGUGCGGCACAGCGGCAUCGUCCAUAGCUCCGUGGUCCGCUGUGUCUCUCUUAAACCCUCCAGCUUCACACCAACAGCAGGAGCCCCGGCAGGACAGCUAGCACUCAACAUUUGUUAAGCACCUUUAAGAAAAACUGUGUACAGGCUUGUUUGGCCAGAAGGGGACUUCUUUUACCUUUAUUUGGGAGGAUUUCUAUUACUGUCUGGAUUGUAAAGCACAAGAAAUGAUUAAUACUUCAUGGUUUCAUGAGAGAAAAGUUCUCUCCAACUUCUAAGAUGUGGUGUUGGUGCAGAGAGUUACUCCUCCUGUAAACGUUCUCAGUCUACAACACCAACUUAUCCCUUGAUGGCAACAGUGCUCCAGUUUUAUUAACUUACAGCAAAACACUCACAGAUUUCCUCAAGCUCCCUCGUUUAGUCAGAACAGACAAAUAUGGUCCUGGUCCUGGAACAAAAUGUCCUGCUCACUGCUGCCCUCUGCCUCUCAGACAGAAACAUCUCAAUGUGUAGGACUCAAGACUAGAAGGAAACAAAAAUGGUUUAAAUGUAGUGGAAUUAUUUAUAAUGUAUAUAACUUUUAAACAAAAUGGUUUGUGGCUUUUUGUUUUCUCACCUUUUAAUAAACGAUUCCUAGUCAAAUCGUA